AUGUCUAUACUCGUGAGGCCGCCAAAACGUAAACUAUCUGAAAUCGAAGGGCUUGAGGAAAGGAAUAGGCUAUCAUACAGUGGUCGCUACCCAAAUGCUACCCCCAGUGCACAUCUGUCAUUGGAACUGAAUUCUGGAAAAGAUGCUGGGCAUCCGAUAAUCACCGCUUCCCCUCUGGCAGAGCCGGCGGAGACCACUAGAGAGUCUUCUUCACGUGAGCUGAACUCCAGUAGGGCGUCACCUGUAUCCUUCGAGAGCCCCCUCCAGGUACAGAGGACAUUCGCACCAAAUGUUUCCAUUGUACUAGUUGGAAUUCGUGGCACAGGCAAGUCUAGUCUUGCGGUCAUCUUGGCCGCAACUUCCGGAAGACGAUUGAUUGAUGCCGAUCGCUAUUUCCAGCAAGUAACAGGACGUUCACGUGCAGCUUUCAAGAAAGAAUAUGGAAUUACCGAGUAUCGUCAGCAGGAAGCUAGAGUUAUGGAAUCUAUGCUAUCGGAACAUAAAGAAGGUUGGGUCAUCGCGUGCGGGCCAGGUUCCAUGGAGCGCAGUGGGCAAAUGCUUCUCAGGGAAUAUGCAAAAACGCAUCCUGUCAUCCAUAUCAUUCGAGAUCCGGAAAGUAUUCAAGCAUAUCUACAAGCAUGGGACACAGAUAAAGUUCGCCGUUUUCUCGAGCUUUCGGGUCCUAUCUAUCGCGCAUGUUCAAACCUUGAGUUCUUCAAUGUCUCGGAAACCGGCCACGGAGAUCUCACAUUAGGGAAGAGCGGUCAGCAUCAUUCACAGCUUGAGCUUGAAGUAGAUCAGCGCUCCCAAACAUUCACGCCAUUUCUGACUCUUAAACGGUUGCAACGUGACUUCGUUCGUUUCAUUGCUUUCGCCACUGGAAAUGCUACCGACCUGAGUAACCAACAUGCAUCAUUCCCACUCUCUACGCAACCAGUCGAAACACGGAUCUUCACUUAUGCUGUAUCUGUACCGAUAUCCACUCUUUUCACGAGGAAUCUCAAUAUUGAGGAUUUGGAAUCAACUGCAGAUGCCUUCGAACUAAAGGUGGAUGUGACAGAUAUUCCUUCCUCUCGUCUAGGGCUCGAAUCCACCCUUGCGGAUAGGAUUAGUCAAACUAUGGCUAACAUUCGGCGGAACAUUGUUGUCCCUCUGAUAUACCAUGUUGAAAGCGAUGUAAGCCUGGUUGGCUCGGCAUCACCGCAUAAUGAGCCGUUUCACCGUUCUAGUGCCGCAUAUCUAAAUUUGAUACACCAUGGUUUACGACUGGCUCCUGAUUUCAUAACGGUUGAUCUAUCUUACGAUGACGGUGUCUUAUCACAAAUUAUCGCUUCGAAAGGCUCAAGCAAGGUUAUUGGGCAUUUUGCUUCUAUACAACCCGUUGACCAAGGCUGGGACGGUCCUGUCUACCUCGAGCUGUACGAACGUGCCAAACGACUCGGAUGCGAUAUAGUUCGAUUGACACAGCCGGCAUCAUCAAUGGACGAUAACCACGCUGUCCAACGCUUCCGUCAUCGUAUCCAAGGUCUCCCUGGCCCGCAGUUGCCUCUCAUAGCCUACAAUUCAGGCUCACUGGGUCGGCUGUCUUGCUGUUUUAACCCGAUAUUGACACCGGUAAAUAAUGAAGCCCUACUGUCCGAGACCCAAGCGAAGAACCUGCCUUACAUCACGUUACGUGAGGCACAAGAAGCGCUCUAUGCCUCCUUCGCUCUGGACCCGAUGCAGUUCUUCGUUUUCGGUGCCAAUGUAACUUACAGUUUGUCUCCCGCCAUGCACAACGCAGCAUAUAAGGCAUGUGGGAUGCCACACGUUUAUAGUAUUCGCCAGUCACCAUCUCUGCGAGGCCUCAAUGAGUUAGUAGCAAACCCGAACUUUGGAGGAACCAGUGUCAGUCUGCCUUACAAGACAGAAUCUAUCCCGCUCCUUCAUUCAAUGUCACCUCACGCCCGGGCAAUCGGGGCCGUUAAUACUCUGAUACCAAUCCGGAAUCUGGAGGAUCCCGCUCUUGUUUCCAAAGGGUCCUCCUUGUAUCUGGAGAAAAGCCGGGCAGGGCCGAUAAAAGGCUUACAUGGAGACAACACAGAUUGGAUUGGCAUCUGCAAUUGCCUUCGACGGGGACUUUCGCCUGCUAACGCGAUUCGUCCAUCGUCUACAGGGCUGGUUAUUGGCUCAGGCGGUAUGGCCCGUGCUGCCGUAUACUCUAUGAUCCACUUGGGAGUGCAGAACAUAUUUGUAUGGAACCGUACCUUUGCCAAUGCCGAGAAGUUAGCAUACCAUUACAAUCGACAAAAUCUUCCUACGCAUAACAACAAUGUGCCAACAACUCACUCGACAGUUCAUACUCUACGCUCACUACAAGAUAGUUGGCCGGCUAACUAUAACCCACCAACCGUGAUAUGUUCGUGCAUACCAGCGCACAGCAUCGGGGGUCAGCCGGCCCCCAACUUUGAAAUACCCUCUCGGUGGCUUGGAAGCCCUACUGGUGGAGUUGUGGUCGAGCUCGCUUAUAAGCCCCUCGAUACCCCGCUGGUAAAACAAAUGCGAGCCCUUUCUCACCGUGGCUGGGUUGCGUUGGACGGCCUUGAUGUCCUUCCAGAGCAAGGAUUCGCGCAAUUCGAGCUAUUCACGGGUCGCCGCGCCCCUCGGCGCCUAAUGCGGACUAUUGUACUCCAAGAAUAUAAGGCGGAAGAGGGACAAGAUGAUCAGAAUGCAAUUCAAAGCAGGCUUGAGAGCUUGGACGGACAGCCUACCUGA